AUGUUAAAAAGGACGACUGUGAGACGAAUGGCAGCUCUUCCUGGGAACGUGCUGACCGUCAGCGUGUUACUGAGUGUCUUCUUUCUUCCAGGUGCUUUGCCUCAUUACUGUGAUAAAAAAUCAGCGGACUUGAAUAUCACUGCACCAAACAACAUUGAAGCUCUGAGUGGAUCUUGUUUGGCGAUCCCAUGUAGUUUUACUGCAAAUCAUUUAGAAUUUAAUAGGACCAUUAGUAUCUAUGGAGUUUGGAUGAAACAUACUUUAGACUUUGAGUCUAAUAAAAAUAAUGUUAUUUUCAACAGCAGUGAGUCAGUAAACAAUUAUUCAUUGGAAUUAAGUGGAAACCUUGCAGAUAAAAACUGCACCACUCUGUUUACUGAAAUAAACUCAAGUUAUACAGACAAAUACUUCUUCAGGAUUGAGAACGGACAAUUCAAAGCAACAGCCUGCGCUCAUCCUCUCAAUAUAAAAGUUGGAGAUUCUCCUUGGAGGCCCAGCAUUAAUGUUCCCUCUGACCUGAAGGAGCAUCAGUCUGUCAUUGUAACCUGCUCAGCUUUCACUCCGUGUCCACAAUCACCUCCUGAACUCACCUGGAAUCUCCAGCAAGACUCUCUCAGACAAAUAGAGAAAAACACAAAUGGAACCUUUACAACUAAAAUCCAGAAGAACAUCACUCUGUCAGACACACAUGAUGGAUACAACAUCAAAUGUUCUGCCACAUAUCCUGUGAUUGGAGGAAACAAGACAGCAGAGACUAAUGUGACUCUCAAUGUUUCAUAUGCUCCUAGAAACACCUCAGCAUCCAUCAGUCCAUCAGGUUUGGUGUCAGCAGGUACCUGGGUGGAGCUGAGCUGCUCCAGCAGAGCCAAACCUCCACCCAGCUUCACCUGGUUCAGGAACAGCGAACAUGGAGCCAUUAAUGUGUCUGUGGGGCCAGUUUACAGACUUCAGAAGACCAACAUGUCAAAUAUAGAAAGUCAUUUUUGUGUGGCUGCAAAUAGUCUUGGUAGUCAGACAUCAUGGAGUCACUUGAGAAAUAAAGUUUCUUCAAGUCCAAACAUCAAACUCCCCAACAGCCUCAGGUCAGGGAUUCAACCUGCUGAACCAGAUGAGGACGUUACAGUUCAAAUGCUUCCUGAUAAAACUGAAGACCAAACUUAUGAGGACAUGAACGGUUUCCAGAGACAACCAGAAGUUUUCCAUGAAUCUAAGAAGGACAGAGGACUGGAGGAGGCAGUUUACUCCCGGGUCCAAAAGUUCAGGGCAAGAAACUGCUCAGUGCAGAGGGCUGACAGUUUGGCGGAUACUUACAUUGAAAUGAAGCACCAAUAACUGCUGUUGUGCGAUCACAGAAAUAUAGUUUUUGUUUUUACAUUAUGUCAGAUCAUUAUGAUUCUCUUUCCCUGUUGUACUUGGUU